GCCCUCCCCUUUUCACGACACGCUGCGUCCCCUUGCUUGCACUUGACGUCAUGACGCCGUCAGUGGCGUAGGAAACAUGGCGGCCUCCAACGAGUCGAGACGUUUCUCUGAGUUUUAAAUAUUUAAUAUUCGUUCCCGGACGAUGAUGAUGGACAAGGUAGAGAAAAUGGAGCCAUCUGCUGAGGAAAUGGAGAAGGAGGAAGAAGAGAAAGAAGAAAUUGAAGACGAAGGAGGAGAUGAUGUUUCUGGCAAUGAAGAGAAAAAUGGAGAUGAUGAAGAACAGGAAGUUAGAGAUGCUCCGGAAAAGGCAGAAGAGGUACCAGCUCCACAGCCCGCAAAUAAAAUUGGGAGAAAAAUUCCGCCGUUUGCAAAACCCAAGGAGAAAAGGCCAGAUGAUUGCCUGAACCUCAACAAUGAGGUGGUGAGGAUGAGGAAAGAGGUGAAGAGGGUGAGGGCUUUGAUCAUCAGGAAGCUGACGCGACAGAUGGGCGCCCUGAAGAAGAAGAAGGGGAAGGACACGGAGAUUGAGAGGAAUCAGAGGAGAGCUGCCAGACUGCUGGAGGAGAUCCAUGCCAUCAAGGCGCUAUCACCAGACCUGGUGACAAAGACAGCGAUGCAGAGGGAUUUCAACUUUGAAAAGGAAUGUAAAAACCCCAAAUCCACUAUGUCCGACCGGGCCAUUGCACGCAUCGCCACCCACCCCCAGUUCAACAAGAAGAUCCAGGACAUUAAAAAUGCUGUGAAAGCAUUCAAAAAUGAGCGGAUGAAGGGUGGAAAGCUGGUAGAGAGAGUAAAGGUGGAAAAUAAAGCCGAAAAGGUGCAAAAUAAGGCUGAAAAUGUGCAAAUUAAAGAUGUUGGGUCGACUUCACAAUCUCCUGACAAAAGAGUGGAAAGAAAAAGUGAGAAAGAUGAGGAAGACAUUAUAAAGGGGGAAAAGGAAAUCAUUCAAAGCGAGGGAGGAGACUGUAUUCCUAUAGACACUAUGGAUGCAACUAUUGCUCAACCUGAAAAGGAAAUGGUCAAAGCAGCCCAUUUGGCUGUUACUGCUGAUGAUGAGAGGAAAGAAAUGCAGUCCAAGCCCAAAAAUGUAAGACCAGCUGUAGUAAAAAGUACAGUAAAGGACAUUGUGAAAAACAAACCUCAAAGUAAAGAUGCAGAAAAGAAGCCCAGUCUUAAGCCUGCACCUGAAGUGCUUCAGAAUAAUGAUACAGAUGAAGACGAGAGUGAUGUGGAGUCAUCAGAUGAAGAGAAAGAGUACUUUGAUGACAGCACCGAGGAACGUUUCCACAAGCAGUCCUCUCAGUCAGAGGAGAGCGACGAGGAUGACUUCUUUGUUGGAAAAGUGAGCAAAUUCAAGAAGAAGAAGAAGAAAGGUGUAGAAGAGGAGAAAGUGCCUGAAGUUAAAGUCGGCCCAACAGACGAGCUCCAGAGUAAACUUGAUGAGCUUGAGUCUAGGCUUAAGUCCAAAGCUACCUCGCAUCAGUCUGUGUUUUAUUCUUCUCUCUCUGCGUCUAAGCCUGGUGGGGGCAGGGGUUCAGGCAGAGGGAGAGAUGGGGAUAAAUUUAGAGGCGGAAGAGGUGGAGGUGGUCUAAAUAGAGAUUUUAGUCAGCAAUCCAAGUUUCAAAAGCAGGAGAAGGGAGCAGACAGAAAUUCAGGGUCCAAGUACAGCAAGCCAGAGUCAUCAGAGAAGGGCUUUUCCUCUUUUGGUAGAGGGAGGGGACGAGGCAGGGGCGGAAGUGUCUUUUCCCAUCAGGCACCACAGCAAGCACUGCAUCCAUCCUGGGAAGCCAGUAAAAAAAGGAAGGAGCAGCAAGGACAAAUCCUGGCUUUCCAGGGGAAGAAGAUUAAAUUUGAUGAUGAUGACUGAACUGUUUCCUGCGUGUUCACUAAUGCUAACUACCUUUGGUCAGGUGUCUUACACGCCAUAUAGGGGUGAUUAUUGUGCUUUGUAAAGGUUUACCAUUUCUUUCUGUUGUGAUCUCUGAAUAGAUCAGUGAUGAGUUUUGAUGAAUGAACUGCAUGUUUAUUCUUAUGGCUGGGAAAAGACCAAAACCUGCAGGUUUUUGUAUAAAGCAUCAAUAGAAAUGUGUUGUCAAAAUAUUUGUAAUGAUGGCAGUUCUUUAAGAAAUGAUAAAUAUUGUUAUUUUAAUGAUUUAACCUUUACACAAUUGAACUGCUUUGUCUGAAAGCUUCAGUUAUUGUGUUGUGCAUAUGUUCUGAAAUUAUGUUUGGUUGAACACAUGCAUAUUGA